AUGCUAAUUAAUUUGAAUACUAGACAAUGCAGCAAUAUCAAAGAAGUUGUUGUAGACCAUGGCUCUUCGUUUGAGAUCUUAUCACGUUUUGAUCUUUUGAAAAAUAUGAAGCUGGAAAAAUUUAAAUGUCGACAUGCCAACGUUAAACGAUCAAAUGUCCUAGAUGAUCCCUACUUGGCCCAUAAAAUUUUUGCAACGAACGGUGCUAAAACCUCCUUUCGGCCUGUUAAUAAUUUCGGUGAUGAACAUUAUAGCUUUCAUGGAAAAGGCAUGAUUUUCUCUCAACCAGAUGGUCUAGGACCAGAUCCAAGAUCUGUUGUUUCAUCCAUUAUGGGACCUAAACAAAUUUUCAAAUAUAUGGAUUCAAUCGAACGUGAAGCCAAUGAUUUAGUCAACAGGUGCAUUGAUCAUACCGAAAAAAAUGGUGGUACACAUCCAACUCAAUUUUUUGCUCUAAAUUCUAUAAAUGUUAUGGUCUCUGCACUAUUCGGCAAGAGGUUUAACUCUGUUCAAGAUCCGGAAUUUAUUCAGUUGUCAAGCGUAGUGGAAGAAAGCAUCAAGUUCAGUGGAUUGGAGUCUGAUUUAGCUAAUUUUCUUCCGACAUUUUCUGUGUACAAUUACUUGACUGCUGCCGCACGCGAUGGCCCGAAUGCUGUUAAAUAUCUUUUAGAAAGUGAUUUUGAUUUACUAGAGGAAGAUUUGAUUAAAUUUAUGUCCGAUCUUAUAGUAGCAGGAAUGAAUACGGUUACCCUUACUUUGACUUGGAAUGUUGCAAUUAUGUGUCACAUUAUCCGGAUGUCCAGCAAAAAGUGUGAAGAGAUUGAUCAUUUUAUGAAAAGUCAUGGGCGACUUCCUCAGUUUAAGGAAAGAGAAGAGUUGCCCUAUUGCAUCUCUGUUAUCAAAGAAUGUAUGCGCUAUAAGCCAACAACUCCGUUUGGUUUAAUUCAUGCUAUCCGUCAUGAACAUUUUUUGGUCAAGGUUGAUGGUUAUACAAUUCCCGAGGGUUCUAGCAUAAUAUCAAACAUGGAUAGUACCCAUAAACGGCCUGAAAUCUAUCCCGAACCUGCCUUUCUUGGGUGA